ACUGGAUGCUGCACGCUGCGCUGGGUGAUAAGUGAGGACAGCUGAAUGACUGGGAGCUCCAAGUUGCUUCUGCCCCUGGAGACGUCUGCUUGGAUAUCGCGUUUUCCUUUAAAAAACAAGAAAGUCAAACCUUUGCUCACCGGCCACUUGCACAAGUGCGUUCUUAUUGAAGAAGCCCGCUGCAGUCUUUCUUACCCGCAGCCAGAGGCUCUCAGAGCCAGCUACUUCUCAGGCCAGGCACGACAGCAGUGUGAGCGAAUUUGAAACAGCAGGAAACAGCCCUUGCAUGCAGAGCUCCCAGCCUGAGCGCUCCCCGGGCCGGUCGCCCAGGCAACUGUGCCAUCGGAGACCCUUGAGAUUGUGGUCACAGCCCUCCAAAGCCAGCGGUCACCAUCAGCGACGGCGGGAGGACUCCGGGAUGCUGCAGGUGCUGUGGCAUUUUCUGUCUGGCUUCCUCCCCAGGGCUGGGUGCCAAGACAGCAGAGAGGGCUCCGAUCACGGAGUGAGAGGCCCCCAGGGAGACCAGAUGUCAAGUUUCCUGGGUAAACAGGACGGAAGGGCCGAGGUCCCAGAAAAGAGACCCACCAUCUUGCUGGUGGUCGGACCGGCAGAGCAGUUUCCUAAGAAAAUCGUGCAGGCUGGUGACAAGGACCUCGAUGGGCAGUUGGACUUCGAAGAGUUUGUGCACUACCUCCAAGACCACGAGAAGAAGCUGAGGCUGGUGUUCAAGAGUUUGGACAAGAAGAAUGAUGGACGAAUCGAUGCCCAGGAGAUCAUGCAGUCCCUUCGGGACCUGGGAGUCAAGAUCUCGGAACAGCAGGCGGAAAAGAUCCUCAAGAGAAUACGGACGGGCCAUUUCUGGGGCCCUGUCACCUAUAUGGAUAAGAACGGCACGAUGACCAUCGACUGGAACGAGUGGCGGGACUACCACCUCCUGCACCCCGUGGAGAACAUCCCCGAGAUCAUCCUGUACUGGAAGCAUUCCACGAUCUUUGAUGUGGGUGAGAACCUGACGGUCCCGGAUGAGUUCACAGUGGAGGAGAGGCAGACGGGCAUGUGGUGGCGACACCUGGUGGCAGGAGGUGGCGCAGGGGCCGUGUCCAGGACCUGUACGGCCCCCCUGGACAGACUCAAGGUGCUCAUGCAGGUCCAUGCCUCCCGCAGCAACAACAUGUGCAUUGUGGGCGGGUUCACCCAGAUGAUCCGAGAGGGAGGAGCCAAGUCCCUGUGGCGGGGCAAUGGCAUCAAUGUCCUCAAAAUCGCCCCGGAGUCGGCCAUCAAAUUCAUGGCAUACGAGCAGAUCAAGCGGCUGGUCGGCAGCGACCAGGAGACCCUGAGGAUCUACGAGAGGCUUGUGGCAGGCUCCUUGGCUGGGGCCAUCGCCCAGAGCAGCAUCUACCCCAUGGAGGUUCUGAAGACGCGGAUGGCCCUCCGGAAGACGGGCCAGUACUCGGGCAUGCUGGACUGCGCCCGGAGGAUCCUGGCCAGGGAGGGAGUGGCCGCCUUCUAUAAAGGCUACAUCCCCAAUAUGCUAGGGAUCAUCCCCUAUGCUGGCAUCGACCUGGCCGUCUAUGAGACACUCAAGAACGCCUGGCUGCAGCGUUACGCAGUGAACAGCGCCGACCCAGGUGUGUUUGUGCUCCUGGCCUGCGGCACCAUCUCCAGCACCUGCGGCCAGCUGGCCAGCUACCCACUAGCCCUGGUCAGGACCCGGAUGCAGGCGCAAGCCUCCAUUGAGGGCGCCCCGGAAGUGACCAUGAGCGGUCUCUUCAAACAGAUCCUACGGACAGAGGGCGCUUUUGGGCUGUACCGGGGGCUUGCCCCCAACUUCAUGAAGGUGAUCCCUGCUGUGAGCAUCAGCUACGUGGUGUACGAGAACCUGAAGAUCACCCUGGGGGUGCAGUCGCGGUGACGGGAGGGCGGGCGGCGGACUGGCGAUCCCGGCCGGCCGGGGUGUGGAGCCAUCUCAUUCUGUGAAUGUGCCAACACUAAGAUGACCAGAGCCAAGCGAUGAAACCGGACGCACCGUGGGGGAGGGUGGGGGCGCCUGGUGGCCCUGGGACUUGUCCUGCUGGCCCGGCAGACCCAGCGCCCUUUCCAGGGAAGACCCGUGGGGAUUGGCUCAGGGUCCAGGGUCAGCAGGUCCCGGGCUCACGGGCCUAGAGACAGGAUGUUCCCUGCAGUGCCUGGCAAAUAGCGAGCUUGGAGGAGGGCUUAGUUCUUCCACCUUGGCCCCCUCCAGCUGGCUGGGCCUCCCUGUGCCCACUGUGCACCCCAUCCUCCAAUUUGCUGUAGCAGAAGGAGGGCACUGGCUGCUCAUGCCCCUCCUUGUGUCCCCAGUGGACAGUGACAGGCGAUGCCACCUCCCGCUGCAGCACACACUGAGGCAGGUGCGGGAAGGAGGGGGCCUUGCUCACACCUCGGGCUCGUGUUGGAGCCCAUGCUGGCUGCAGAGCCCACUAGCGGGGCACUGGCUGGGCUUGUGCCCUUGGCGCUGGCUGCCUGGCAUUGUGGCGCAUGGCUUUGGGGGAGGCUGGUGCUGGGCCUGGAGCCCAGAGGGCCUCUGCUGCCGGCAUGGCCCGGGACUAUCGGGACCGGCACCAGCGCAGAACCAAACUCACCGUUUCCACUCCGCGGCGUGACGGCAGCACAGGGUCCAGUGUUCGGGCAAACGCAGAGUUUGUGUCACCACCGGUGUGGCCUGGUGAGGAGUGAAAGGUAUUGAAGGCCUUAAUCACGUGUCGCUGGGAAAAGGGUUCUUUCCCAGGACGAGCUGGACGGCUGUGCCUGCCCUGUGCUUCUGGCGAGGAGGCGUGGAGGGGUGACAGGCCGACUCUGUCGCCCAAGGUUGGGCCCAGUCCCAUGGGCCAAGUGGGACCAGCCUCACAUUCCACUGAUGCAGCGUAUCACACUGCUUGGAGCCUAUUUAUUUUGUAUUUAUUUGAACAGAGUUAUGUCCUAUUUUUAUAGAUUUGUUUAAUUAAUAGCCUGUCACUUUCGAGUUCCUUUUUUAUUCAUAUUUAUGUUUAUGGUUGAUCGUACCUUUCCAUUGCCACCCGGUGGGGUGGGGGUGGGGAGAGCAGAGGGAGGAGGGGACAAGGUGUGACCCUCCCCACCCACACUGUGUGUCUGUCCAAAGAAAUUCCUCUUGGGAUGGGACGGAGAAGAAAAAAAGGGGGUCCUGACAGAGGGGAAGGAGUCCUGGGGUGCGUCUGGCCCCCAGGAAGUUGAGAUCUCAGGGCUUGAUGGGGAAGACGGAGCCCUGGAAGGGGGAUUUCUUUGUUUCACCCUUUUUGAAUGACAAGGCAGCGAGUUGCCUCUCACUGUGAAUUUGGGGUGAGUCCCCUGCCUCCAUCUGUGAAGUGGGCUCCCUCCUGGCUUGCAGCUGCCCUCGCUUGAUAAUGCUGGUCACCUGGCCACUUGACAGUGGCACCUCCAUGACCAUAGGAUGACCUGAUGAGGAAACUCUUAAUAGGAUGCAAAGAUCAAUGCAAAAAAAUCAUUAUAUAGAAACAUAGUUGUAACUGGAAUUUGUCAACAAGCAAGUUAAAGAAUUGGUCGGAAGUUGUCAUUUAAAACAGCCUGCUAAUAAAGUUGUUUCAGAGCUGA